GAAAUAGACAGGCGACUGGAAAAGAAACUGAAGAUCAGCCAAAAAGAAAGGAAAUCCAAGUCCCCACCCAAAGUGCCGAUCGUAAUUCAGGACGACAGUCUUCCCUCGGGGCCCCCUCCGCAGAUUCGGAUCCUGAAGCGGCCCACCAGCAACGGGGUGCUGACCAACCCCAACUCUGCCAGCCGGCCUGCCAUCCCGGUGAAGACCCUGGCCCAGAGGGAGGCCGAAUACGCAGAGGCCAGGAAGCGGAUCCUGGGCAGCGCCAGUCCGGAAGAGGAGCAAGAAAAACCUAUCCUUGACAGGCCCACAAGGAUCUCCCAGCCAGAAGACCCCAGGCCGCCCAGCAAUGUGAUCAGGCAGCCACUGGGCCCCGACGGUUCGCAGGGCUUCAAGCAACGCAGAUAGGCUUGGCCGGCCGACCAGCCAGUAUGAAAGCAGGGUGCUCCCCCCUCUCCUCAGCAGACCAAUGGACCUGAGCCACAGGGGUGGGACUUGCCCCAAGCGUCCCCUUGGCUCCUUGCCUCGUGUGACCCUCAGCCCAGGCACUGGGACUCCUGCUGCGCCUGCCCCGUAGACUUGACAUGCCAAGGAGGGCGUGCCGAGGGAGGCACAGGCGGUGGGGCAGGUUUCUCCUCCGGGGGAACCGGGUUGCUGCAACGCGCCGCCUGCUGAAGCGGGGGCUCCUCCCUCCCCUCGCGAAGGAAUGACUUCUCCCGUUGGCGUCUCCCUCUGGCAUUGGAAGUAGCAGGGUGGCGGGCGAGAAGGGGCUCUGCUUUUCGACAUGCGCAUGUCGGGGUGCGUUGCCUUUGGAGCAAGGUGCAAACGGGGUGGGUGGGCGGAAGGUGUGCGCAAAAAAUGGUGUGAUCCUUUGCUUUGGGGAACGGGAUGGCUCUGGAGCCUUCACGCAUGGGAAGAAGAAGAAGAAAAGGGGGUGUGUUAGCUGUUUAACUUGUUUAAUCUCUGAGAAACGGUAGUCUCUAGUGUUGAGAAAGGAGGGGAGGCGGGGAGAAAGGUGGCGGCAGGUGACUUCUUCCCCUUCCUGCUUACUGCCGCUUGGAACGAGCAGAGGAAGGCGUGUCGUGGCGGCAGCCGUCUUCCCACAAAGGCCAGCUCCGCCGCUUCGCGAGCCCAACAGAGACCCCAGUGCCUCUGCCUCUGCGGGCCGAGUAUGGGCGGAAGGGAUUGCUCUGCCCUCCCGGUCUUCACCAGCACUCCCUUUGCCUCUUGGUGCUGCUUCCGAUCAAAGAUGGGGGGGAGGGCUGCUUUUCGCCACUAGGACUCUUGCGCUAGGAAUAGAGUAGGUUCCUGUCUCCCCAUCACGCCCUGCUGGGUCCUCAUGAGGAUGCAGGCAGCGGGCCCAAGUGUUGCUUGUGCUGGCCAGCUGGAGGGCCCCGAGCAGUAAGGCGUUUGGUCCUGUUGGUUCUUGGUCAAUCUGCCAUUGGGAAGGCAAAGAAGUUGGGGGUCUAGAAAUCUGGAAAAGGCCGGAGAUCAGAUUUCCUUCCCUCUCGAAACGGGGUGGGGGGAUCACCAAAGUCUUAAUCACAGGUCUAGGCGCCAUUUUCAAGAUGGC